AUGCCCAAGAAACUCUCCAAGAACCCGCACGGCAGCAGCACGCCCUCGACCUCGACGACCAGCUCCUCCGUCGCCGCCCUCUCCCUCCCGCGCAUCCUCACCGACGGCCUGCCCGUGCCCGCCCUCGUCGUCUUCGACCUCGACUACACCCUCUGGCCCUUUUGGGUCGACACCCACGUCGCGCCCCCGCUCAAGGCCAACGCCGCCCACGCCGCCGUCGCCGACCGCCACGGCGAGUCCUUCGCCUUCUACCCGGACGUCCCCCGCGUCCUCUACACCCUGCCCCUCGCCGGCGUCCGCGUCGCCGUCGCCUCCCGCACCUCGGCCCCCGACCUCGCCCGCGACAUGCUCAAGCUGCUGCACGUGCCGCCGCCCGGCGCCGACGAGUUCGCCGCCGCCGCCGCCGCCGGCAAGAAGGACAAGGCCAAGAGGGCCCUCGACUGCUUCGACGGCCCCCUCGAGAUCUACCCGGGCAGCAAGAUCAAGCACUUUGAGACCAUUGCCCGCAAGACGGGCGUCGCCUACACCGACAUGCUCUUCUUCGACGACGAGAGCCGGAACCGCGAGACGGAGAGCCUCGGCGUGACGAUGCACCUCGUGCGCGACGGCGUCACCUGGGCCGAGAUGGAAAAGGGCGUCAUGGAGUGGCGCAAGAGGAGGGGAUACUUGGGAUAG